GCAAAAUCCUAGCCAUGUCAAUGGCUGCUUUACCCAUAUGGUUCGCAUGGACCAAGGCGAGCCACGCUGCUUUUUUCUCUCUUUCCCUUUCCGGGUUCCUCUUUCUGUCUUUCUACCUAACCCAACUCUUACUUACCGCGUGUUCCGGGAUGGCACGGGCGUUCUUUGUGCCGGUUGGAGCGAUCAGGGCCGGCCGGGAGGACGAUGAGACGCGACACCCGCCAUGCCAUGCCAUGGCUUGAACCGUGCUGAUGCGGAUGCGGACUGCGGACACCAACGAAAAGCUGCCAGCCAGGCUGUUAGUAGUUGAGUCUAAGCAAGUCGAGUUGAAACACCUGUCCUGGGGUCUUGUUUCAUGUUUGUUAGUCCCGACUUUCCAUUGCCUCGUGGCUUGCUAUUACUACCCUGGCCGGGGGCCGGAUGUCAUGGCACCUAUCAUCAAUCCUCCUACACACGUACAGACUACAUACAUGUACAUAUCUGUAAGCACAAUAUUUGCUCCGUCCCUACUACUACCGGCAGGGGGACCUUGCUUAGGCGAUAAUCAAUAAAUGCUCCUUGGAGGGUCUCAG